CGUCAAAUUAAAUUAUGUAUUUGUAAAUGUAGACGACGACGAUAAAGCAAAAGACAAGCUCGCCGGUUAAUGGUGGCGCCGUGUUGUCUCCUAACAUCAUAAUCAUCUCUAGAUUCUACUUCCAUCUUGUUUUUGAUCGAUUCACAGCUUCAAUUUCAAUCUCAUAAUCCAUAUCACUGAUCAGUUGAGGAUUUGAGACAAAUGGCUUCUUCAUCGGAUCCAUGGACGAGGGAAUACAAUGAAGCCUCUAAACUUGCUGAUGAUAUCACCAGCAUGAUAUCGGAGAGGAAUUCCAUUGGGUCGGGGCCAGAAGCACAGCGUCAUGCAUCUGCUAUUAGGCGGAAAAUUACGAUAUUGGGAACCAGACUUGAUAGCUUACAGUCUCUUCUGACAAAGCUUCCUGCUAAACAACCAUUAACAGAGAAAGAGAUGAAUCGACGCAGAGACAUGCUUGGAAAUUUGAGAACAAAGGUAACACAGAUGGCCUCCACAUUGAACAUGUCAAACUUUGCUAAUAGGGACAGCUUGCUUGGGCCAGAUAUUAAGCCAGCUGAUGCCAUGAGCAGAGCAGCUGGGUUGGAUAACUCUGGUGUUGUCGGGCUUCAGAGACAAAUUAUGAGAGAACAAGAUGAAGGCCUAGAGAAACUAGAGGAAACAGUGAUAAGUACCAAACAUAUUGCUUUGGCAGUCAAUGAGGAACUUGACCUGCACACUAGACUUAUCGAUGACCUGGAUGAACAUGUAGACAUUACAGACUCCCGACUUAAGAGAGUGCAGAAGAACCUGGCGGUUCUGAACAAACGGACCAAGGGUGGUUGCUCCUGCUUGUGCAUGCUAUUGUCUCUGAUCGGAAUCGCGGUCCUAGUCUUGGCUCUAUGGUUGAUCCUAAAAUACUUGUGAUGCAAAGCGUAUCUAGCUCCGUGUGAAGACCGACUUGUUAUACUGGUGAUCCGAGUGCUUUGUGUGUGUAAUAAUUUGUGUUUUUUGGUUAAUUGGACGGCUGUCGAGUGCAAAUACACGCCGGUUUCUUGCUCCUUUGAUGCUAUAUAUAUAUCUAUUCAGUGUUUUGUGCCUACCAAAGAACAAAAUUCUGAGUUGCUAAACAUUUGUUUGAUGGUGUGUCGUGGUAAUUUGAGUUGUUGAAUCUUUUU